UCAGCAGGCUGUCCCCGGAUGAUUGCAGCAGGGGGAUCAUGACGGGGAAGAAGUCUUCCCGGGAGAAGCGGCGCAAACGCAGCGGUCAGGAGGCGGCCGCGGCGCUGGCGGCGCCGGACCUGGUGCCUGCCCUCGCCGGCAGCGGCAGCGGGAGCGCCAGCGGCUGCGGGAACACUAGCCUCGGGGGAGGUGUCCCUGGCGGGGGGAGCGGUGGCAACGGCUGGGGCGGGAGUAGCGUGGAGCGCAGCGAGCGGCGGAAGCGCAGGAGCACCGACUCGGCUUCCAGCGUCGCGGGCUCCCUGCCGCAGGAAACCAAAUAUCUUUUGCCAACUUUGGAAAAAGAAUUAUUCUUGGCAGAGCACAGUGACCUUGAAGAAGGUGGACUGGACCUGACUGUGUCAUUAAAACCAGUUAGUUUCUAUAUAUCAGACAAAAAAGAAAUGCUUCAGCAGUGUUUCUGUAUCAUAGGAGAGAAGAAGUUACAGAAGAUGCUUCCUGAUGUGCUAAAGAACUGUUCAAUAGAAGAAAUUAAAAAACUAUGCCAGGAACAGUUAGAGCUCCUGUCUGAAAAAAAAAUCUUGAAGAUUCUUGAGGGUGACAAUGCUGUGGACUCUGAAAUGGAAGAGGAGGCAGAUGAUGGCUCUAAGAUGGGAUCUGAUUUAGUCAGUCAACAAGACAUCUGUGUAGAUUCUACUUCAUCCCUGAGAGAGAACAAGCAACCUGACGGCUUGGAAUUAAAACAAGGCAAAGGGGAAGAUAGUGAUGUACUCAGUAUAAAUGCAGAUGCUUAUGACAGCGACAUAGAAGGCCCGUGCAACGAAGAAGCAGCUGCUCCUGAGGUCCCAGAAAAUACAGUCCAAAGUGAAGCUGGCCAGAUAGAUGACCUCGAGAAAGACAUUGAGAAAAGCGUGAAUGAGAUUCUGGGACUGGCGGAGUCCAGCCCCAAGGAACCCAAGGCAGCCGCCCUGACUGUUCCUCCAGCGGAAGACGUUCAGCCUUCUGCACAGCAGCUGGAGCUGCUGGAACUGGAGAUGAGGGCGAGAGCUAUUAAAGCCCUGAUGAAAGCUGGCGAUGUCAAGAAGCCAGCCUAGUUAUACCUCGCGCCUGGAGUUUAGGUGUGUUUAAACAAAGCCGCGUCCUGUAAGUUUUGUAUCUGAAGUUUAUUUUGGGUCUUAUAUGAUAUUUCUCCUGUAGCCCGUAUUAGAGAACUCAUUUUAGGGCUAAAACACCUAUAUGGGUCUUUUUUGUUGUUGUUACUUUUACAUAUGUGUUAUUGUUUUAUGACUUCAUGGCAAAUAUCGCUGGAUAACCUGGAUACCUUAUUAGAUGACUAUUUAGCUAUGUCUGCAAAUUAAUUAAUAUCUGAAAACCCAUUAGCAAAGAGAAAUGGUAUUUUUUUCUUUUUUUUUAAUGUUUUGGCACCAAACCUAAAAGCUUAAGAAAGAUUGACCAAGCAUGUCGCUCUUAAGGCUAUCUGUAUUUUGUGAUAGAAUGAUAGAAUAUUAAAUUAUUGCUCCUAGAUUUGUUAACAGUUUAAGAAAUUUAGUUAAGCUUAUAUGCACUUUUAAAAUAUGUAUCGUCUUGAAGAUGCCUUCGUAUGGGGGAGGAUUUACUAGUAAAAACUGAGUAAUGUUUUUCAUUAUAAGGCUUAGAGAUCUGGAAUGGCUGAGGAAAACUUAUUUUAUAAAAGAAAAAAAAGACUUAAUUUAAGGCAGUUUUUAACAAUGUAGAAGUAAUUGCCCAACUUUAAUUCCAGCAGACAAGCCAUUCUAACAGGUAUUUCAUAUUAUUGGACACAUGGUUCAAGUUUUUUUCUUCAAUAAAAAGGGAACACAUUUUCAUUUACAUUCCAAGCUAUUAGGAAGAGGAGAAUAUUUUAUCGUACAGGCUUUCAUCUGGUGUUUUUGCUUGAAGAUCUGAUGUGCUAUAUAAUUCCAUGAAUUAAAAGUAAUAAAGACUGUCAUUCUGGAUCUGAA